CCAGCGCCCCCGCCGGAUGUUGCGUCAUACCGCCGCGCGGAGACGGCGGGGGAAGAUGGCGGCGCCGGGGCAACCGGGGGAGGAGGCGGCGGCGUUCGCGCGGCGCAUCGACCCGGCCCGGGAGCCGGGGCUCAGCCCCGAGCAGCGCCGCCUCAUGGCGCAGGUGGAGUACGCCCAGCGCCAGCGCGCCCUGCAGCGCCGGCUCCGCAGCCGCAACGUGCUGCUUGCGCUCGGCAUCGGCGCGGUGACAUUCGGCAUCUACGGUUACACCUUCUACUCGGUGUCGCAGGAGAAGUUUCUGGACGAGCUGGAGCAGGAGGCGGAGGCGGCGCGGGCCCGGGCCCGGGAGCGAGCCGAGGGCGCCGCAAGCUGAGCGGGGAGCGCCCGGCCCGGCCCGGCCCGUGACUGAGCUCCGCCCUCAGCAGACAGCACGGGCCUCGAGGAAGAUGCGUCUGAGUGGUUCGGGCCUGCCCCGUGCUCUGCUUUGGGCAGGAGAAGGCGCCGGGGGCUCCCCGCAGGCAGGGCACCCCCGCGGGCAGAGCCGUGCCCAUGGGAAGGACAGGGACACUCGGGUGUCACCACUCCUCACAAUAAAUCC